CUUUGACUUUGACUUUAAAUUAGCAAAUAGGCAAAGAGUUCCUCUUUGAUAUGAUUAGUGUUCUGAGAUAUAAAGAUACAAAGAGACUCCUUUGGACCCAUACCAUAGUCUUAAUUGAGCUUUAUUAAGUCUGAUUGCUGUGACCGAAAAUUUAAUUUGAUUUUAAAAUCUUUGCUUUGCCCUCAUCGGUUCGAAUAAAGAUGACGACAGUCCUUCACACAAAACGUUUAAUAAAUUCUUCCACAAUAAACCAUUUCAAGGAAGUUACAAUUCCAGUACCCUGGGGAAAAAUUUCAGGCAAAUGGUGGGGUCCUACAAACGAGAAACCCAUUUUAUGCAUUCAUGGUUUUCGUGACAAUUGUGGUUCUUUCGAUAAACUUAUCCCUUUCCUAAGUCAAGAUAGAGAUAUUAGUUUUUUAGCUAUAGACCUGCCUGGACAUGGGUUUUCUUCUCCAUUUCCUAAAGGAAUGAUAUAUAAUUUUAUGAAUUAUAUAAUACUAGUCCAACAAAUUUAUGAAUACUUCAGUUUCUCAAAAUUAUCUUUAUUAGGACACUCUUUAGGGUCCAUGAUUUCAUUCAUUUCCACAAUAUUGUAUCCCGAAAAAGUUGACUUUCUUAUGUGCAUUGAUGCACUUCACCCAUUACAAUCUACAGUGUCAAAAGAGACAGUCAGAAAUAGCAUUGAUAAUUACAUGAAGUACAAUAAAUUCACCAAAGAACCACCUUCUUACACAUGGGAGGAAAUUUUAGACAAAAUGAAUAUUGCCUAUAAACAUUCCUUAGGAAAAGAUUCUACUUUAUGUUUACUUGAAAGAAAUAUUGCAGUAUCAAAAGAAUUUCAUGGGAAAUACUACUUCAAUAGUGAUCCUAUGUUGAAAGUAAGAACUAUGUUUAAUUGGACUCAAGAACAAAUGAUUAAAGAUGCUGCUACUAUAGCCAAUCCAAUUUUUAUUUGUGAAGCCAAACAAAAUUAUGCAAGAAAAUAUAGAAAAAAUUUCUAUGAAAUUGUGAAUAUUGUGCAAAAACAUAAUAAAGAUUGUGAAUUCCAUACAAUUAGUGGAACACAUCAUUUACAUUUGAAUGAGCCAGAAAAAAUUGGUAUUCUUCUGAAAAAAUUUCUAAAUAAACAUAAUAAAAGUGAAACUUACAACUUGAAAGAUUUUUCCAUAUUUUCUUCACCUGUGCCUAGUAUUUUAUCUGCCCAAGUUGUGAAACACAAAUUAUAACACAUAAAGAAAUUCCGAUAUGUA